AAACUUGCCAAUAUUCCUCCCGCAAAACUAUUUCCCCUUGCUGGGUACUGAGAUCAUCCAGGUGCUGCAGAGGAUCUCUGACUCACUGAGGGGUGAGUUUGCAGAGUGGCUGCUCUGUGCACAAGAAGUAACCAAGGAAGUGUCCUGGUUAUUAGCCUUUACUUGUCUCUCAUGCAUCUUUUUCCAAAUGUGUGUGUCUAAACACUGCUCAUAGUUUGCACUGUCCUGUAUGUUGCCUCCCACAAAUGCUCCUUAGAAGGUAAGGAAACAACAUGAGAAUAGUUCAAGAGUUUGUGGGGUUUGUUAUCUAUCAGUGCUUAGAGCUAACAUUUCUCAGUGCCUGUAGUUUUGUUUGUAAGUUUGUUUUGUUGAAAUGGUACCUGGCGGUCCCUUGCUGUUCAGGGCAGAAAUUCUGUGAAAAAAGUAGGGCUGGAAGGGACCUCCAGAGGCUAUCUAUCUGCCCCUGCCUAUCCAAACCAUCCUGUACAAAUCUGUUUUCUAACCUAUCUGCAAAAAAACAAAGUUGACCCUCUCACAAUCCCUAACCUGCCUCACCACGGUGGCCAGUGUCCUGUUCUCAAACACCUCCAUUGAUGGAAAGAGUCACGGCUUCCCUAGGCAGUCUGCUCCACUGCCUCACUGCUCUGACAAUGAACAAGAGUGUCCUGGUAUCUAAUCUAAACCUACUUCGCUGCAACUUCAAGUCAUUCAUCUGCAUCUGACUCUGCGAUGAUAGGGAAGGUGUUUUCCCUCUUCUUUAUGGCAGUCUUUCAGGUAUUUGAAGACUGCUAUUACGUCCCCGCUUAUGUGCCCUUUCCACAAGAUGAACAUGCCUAGCUCCUUCAGUCUCUCCUUGUAUGAUUUGUCUUCCAAGCCCUUACCUUUCUAGCAUGCAAAGCAGUUGUUGAUUUCCAGGUUCCAAAAUCUAGAGAGAUGUGUGCACCUGUGUCUGAAACUGUUCUGGGGAGAAAUGGGUGCUGGGGAAGGUAUGCGUGCAUGGGAGACGAAAGGAAAUUCUGAGCACAUUGGUGCCCUGCCUGACUGAUCUUACUAAGUCUGACUGCAUCUGGCAGAGGAUGUGCUGGCGACUGGUUGAGUGUGUGCCUGACCGCUGGAUGGAAGCAGUGGUCUGUGGCUUUGUUCAGACAGCACCAGGGGCGGAUGUCUUAUCUCGUUUGCUGGGGAACCUGGUUGUGAAAAACAAGAAGGCUCAGUUUGUGGUGACACAGAAGCUGCUGCUCUUGCAGUACAGCUGUCCGACGGCGAUGUUACAGAAUCUCCUUGGAUAUCUGGCCCUAGACAACAGCCGACGUUUCCUACUGAUAAAAGUUCUGCAAGAACUCAUGGAGACUUGGGCCAGCAGCAGUGCAGUGAAACACUCACCAGUUGAGCAGCAGCUGUACAUUAGUAAGGCCAUCCUGAUCUGCCUUUCCCACCUGAAGGAUGUUGAAAUAGACAGCCACAGACAAGAGCUGUUCACAUGCAUGAUGGAAGGGAUGAAAUGCCACCUGGAUAGCAAUUUACCACGCAUUCGGUGUCUGGGAAUGAUUGUGGCAGAGAGCAUCAGUUCCAGGAUAAAUACUGAUGGGCCGAUCCUGAAAUUCCAGUAUGAAGAAGAUGAUGAGACCAGAGAGCUGAAGUCCCUCCUGACACAGAUGUUGUCACCACCCUCUGUCAUCAGUCCUCCGGAUGAAGGUAGGAAGGACAGUCCAUCUGCUGUGACAGAAGCUGAACUGAAACCUGGUAGGAAACCACUUGCAGCAGCCUGUGCAGUGUCAGAGGAGGGGUCAGACUCAGAGCUGGACAGUGAUGAUGACUUCAUCCCUUAUGACAUGUCUGCUGAUAAGGAACUGAAGAAGACAAAAGCUCCUUUGUAUAUCCGGGACUGUAUUGAAGUCCUAACUGGACCUGAAGACAUGGACAAAUGGGAGGCCACGAUGAGGGUUCUGGAGACCUUGAUUCAAAGGAAUACAGCUGCUACACAAGAGGUGAGUGUGGAGCUGGCAAAAGUGCUGCUGCACCUGGAGGAGAAGACCUACAUUGAUGACUUUGUGGAACUCCGUCAGAAAGCCCUAGUGACUGUCACCAUCACAGAUCCAAUACCAGUGGCACAGUAUCUUACCUCCCAGUUCUACUCCAUGAACUACAGCCUCCGCCAGCGCAUGGACAUUCUGGAUGUUCUGGCCUUGGCAGCUCAGGAACUCUCUCGACCCAAAGCUCCUGGUAAAAACAAACCCUCCAGCAUCCAGACUCCCUGCAUCCAGAUCCUCCCCGGAAGUGACAGUUCCAAAGAUUGGAGAAAGAUUGUGGAUGAGAGGAUCAAAAGUAAGACCCGGAGAUUUGCAAAGGGCCAGUCUCAAGUGGAGCUUGUUUGUGCCCCAAAUAAAUUCAGUUCUGUGGCUGGGCACUUCUUCUUCCCCCUGAUUCAGAAUUUUGACAGGCCUUUGGUAACCUUUGACCUACUGGGAGAUGACCACUUUGUGCUGGGAAGGCUGGCCCACACUUUGGCGAUCCUUUUGUACUUUGCUGUUAAUACCGUGGUAGCUGCUGCUAUGGGAAAGGCACUGCUGGAGUUUGUUUGGGCUCUGCGCUUCCACACAGACUCGUAUGUGCGUCAGGGCCUCCUGUCCUGUAUCUCUUCCACGCUUCUCAGUGUCCCCAGUGAUCGCCUUCUGGAGGAUGUGACUGAAGAGCUUGUGGAAACCCAGGCUUGGCUUGCUGAUGUAGCAGAGAAGGAUCCAGAUGGCGACUGCAGGAGGCUGGCCUUGCAGAAUCUGCUGCUAAUGGAGAACCUGAAAAAGAAACUUGAAACUGCCCCUUCCUAGGUUGAGAGGGAAAAGGCUUGAAAACAGAAGUGACCUCUACCUAACACUCUUGCCAGCUGGGUGUUUGUAGGCACUGCUGGGCCCCUUCACCAGUCACCUGGCUGAAGGGGAGGAAGAGUGGGGGGGAAGGGUGUAGAGCUGAGAGCCAGUGAGCCUGGCUUGACAUCUGGACUUUGUAGUAGAGGCCAACUUAGUGAGCUAUUGCUAUCCGGUACUGAGUGUACAGAUGCAGGAAGGUACAUUAGUGCUGCCAUCCUCUCUGCACCUCCCCCCAUCUCCAACAUACUCUGCAUUAGCUAUUUAUAGCCUUGGCAGAUUUGAGUGUUCUGCUAAAAAUAUAGAAGACCUCGCAGCAGUCUUCUCCUCAGAAAAACAGGAGGAGUAGAUGUAGCCAUUUAGCUCCUAGGGCUAAGUCUGUGGUACGUCCAUAACACAGGAUCUAGUAUCCCCUAGUAAUAAGUUUUUGGCAGAGCAGUUAUCAAGCAGCUCCAUGGGAUGGUAGUAGCUUUUUACAGAGGCUGAUAUUGCUCGUGAUGUAUGUUGUUAAUAGUCGCAGUAAGCUCCUGCCUACCAAAAAAUAUGCAAGACCUCAGAGCAGAAACCCCACCCUGCCUAGCUGAACCCACUGGACUGGCAUUCUGUUUACAAGGGAUGAAGCAGGCCUCUCUCCUUUGUGAAUAAUCAUAUUAUGGUAAGAAGCUGUGGAAGCCAAGGACAGGGUCAACUCAGCAUUCUGCAGCGUAUUAAAGAGAAACUGCCUCGGUCACUGAAGGCUGGAGUGUCUGCUUUGAAAGGCUCCUCCCAGCUUGGGGGGUUGAAACAGAAGUCAUUUGUUAGUGUUCUCCAAACUGAUCAACGUGUGUGAAAUCUCACAAAGGAAAUAAAGCUGUUCUUCCUCUAUACAGGAGGACUAAUUAGCAUGAAAUGUGCUAACGUGGCUGCUGAAAAUGCAGGUUUCCCUCGCUUUAUGAGGGUUCUGUAUGUGCAAAUUCACUCUUGUCAUGACCCUUUUUAUACCAAAAAUUUGUUAUAUGCCAGGUAAAUUCACUCGUAUGAGAUCAGUGUGGUGGAAGCCUGCAGUCAGCUGCUUUGUGCAGUGCACUGUGGGAGUGACGUGCACCAAAAUAUAGUCUCCUGCUCCUGCGUU